CAUUAAUUACGUCUCGGGGUUGCACCAUUGCAACUUUUGCAUGAAUAUUGGAUCGACUCAGGUGUGGAUAGCUUGGGGCUACUCUAACUCAAUUCUGCCACUGGUUAAAGAACCUGAGUUAAUUGGCUAUCCUUGAGCCCCAUACGAAACUCAUUCAGAAGGGAAGUUGAGUGAUCGUUAAAAAGACAAUCUGAAAAGCUUGCCUUAACAAAUCCACAAGCACCAAAGGCAUGAACAAAGAAAUGUUACCUAGAAAAUACGAACUCGAAAUCUAUAUUAGACUUGCAAAACCAACAUAUUAGGCAUAAGAUCCACCAACAUUCCAAAGGGAACAAUGCAGACAUCUAUAAUGCUAAGGUGUGCCAGUUUUAUGUUGUUUAUGGUCUGGACGCUGUGCAUAUCAUCGUCUCUGGCGUGUACUGAAAAGCAGAAGCCGAUAGGGUAUGAGCAAAAAUCCAUGAAGGAGAGGUACGAAAGGUGGCUGACAAAAUUUGACCGAAGAUACAAGAAUAGAGAGGAGUGGGAAUAUCGUUUCGGAAUUUUCCAGUCCAACGUUCAGCUUGUUGAUUUUAUAAACUCUCAAAACCUGUCAUACAAACUCACUGACAACAAAUUUGCAGACAUGACAAACUUAGAGUUUACAAGAACCCACUUGGGUUUCCAAGCUGGUAGAAAUCCAAAGACGAAGUUCAGGUAUGAGUGGAAGGACUUGCCAACUACAGUGGAUUGGAGAAAGAAUGGGAGCGUAACUCCGGUCAGGGACCAAGGCCGAUGUGGUAGCUGUUGGGCAUUCUCUGCAGUUGCCGCUGUGGAAGGCCUUCACGAAAUCAAUACCGGAAAACUGGUGUCACUCUCGGAACAAGAGCUAGUGGACUGUGACGUAAAUACCGGGAACCAAGGUUGCAGUGGUGGAUACAUGGAAAAUGCAUUUGAUUACAUAAGAAAGCAUGGACUCACCACUCAAGAAGAUUAUCCAUACACAGGAUCAGAUGGCACCUGCAAUAAAGCUAAACAGAAAAAAUAUGCUGUGAAAAUAGGCGGCUAUGAAACAGUACCUGAUAAUGAUGAAAAAAGCUUACAAGCUGCAGUUGCUCAUCAACCUGUCUCGGUUGCAAUUGACGCGGGUGGUUUUGCUAUGCAACUCUACUCUUCCGGUAUCUUCACUGGCCUGCUAUGUGGUAAGAGUCUCAACCAUGGAGUGACAGCAGUCGGAUAUGGUGAAGAAAAUGGUAACAAGUACUGGAUUGUGAAAAACUCUUGGGGUCCUAACUGGGGUGAAUCUGGUUAUAUCAGAAUGACACGUGAUUCUAUUGAUAAGGAAGGCGCUUGCGGCAUUGCUAUGAUGUCAAGCUACCCUGUUAAGUCUCGAAAAAUGUAGUAUUGGUUUAUGUAUACGAUCAAGGUUAAGUAUGCAAGUAUUGAAUUAAUAACAUCAAUAAUACGUAUGAUCUAGUUAUACAAA